UCUGGUUCUGCUCGGUGAGGUCGCUCGAUGCGUCUGCGUGAAAUGCAACUGAAACAAUUACUGCUGUUGUUGUGAAAAGUGUAACAAGAAAAGCAUCGGUGCGAUGAGGGACGACCGCAGGCUUCAAGCUUUCCUCUGGAUCCACGUCUCUGUGGCCUGCUUCUUUGCUGCAGUGUCCUGUCAGUCUGACAGCAGCAGUGUGGUGUUGGCUGCUUACAAUGUUAGUGCCCCAGCCGGGUCAAAGAUGGUGCUGCAGUGUGUGAGCAGCCGCAUGGUGUGGACCAGGGACAAGGUGAGGGACAGACAGAGGGUGCUCCACUGGGACAUGUAUCGGGACUAUCCAGCCUAUGCCAUGGAGAGAGUGGUGGACAUGUUCUCAUCAGGAGAGCAGAGGAUCUACACAUCCUACAACCUGGGCAGAGUUGGUGUCACUCCAACAGCCUUCAAGGAUGGAAACUUCUCGCUUGUCAUCAAAGAUGUGACGAUGAGUGACAGGGGUCUGUACUCCUGUAACCUCCACCAUCUCUACUGCCACCUGUACGACACAGUCAGAGUGCAACUCAAUGUGACUAAAUCCCGCCGUAAAGAGCAGCGCUUCUGGGAUGGACAGAAGGCCGUGUUCGUGGUGCUGGUGGGGAGCACUGUGGUGCUGCCGUGCAUCAAAAGACAGAGCGUCUGGACGGACUGGAGCGUUGAGGAGGAGGACCAGCAGGUGGUCCACUGGGACCACCAGUACCCAGGAGUCACCCGUGACCGUGCUGAUCGACUGGUGGAUAUGUACGCCUCGGGGGAGCAGCGUAGCUACGGACCUCUGUUCCUCCGGAGGAAGAUGAACAUCAGCAGCCAUGCCUUUUCAGAGGGAGACUUCUCACUAAUCAUAUCUGAUAUCCAGCCCACAGACCGGGGGAUGUAUUCCUGUCACCUCCACCAUCAUUACUGUGGCCUGCAUGAGAGAAGGGAGUUUCAGGUCUCAGUCGACCCACCGCUGAUUGAGACCACCAAGCCCGUCAAAGCACUUCCCACCCAAGAGAAAGAGGCCACUAAAGCUGAGUCACCGCGAGUCGUCGCUGUCAUGUUGCCAGACCAAACGCUUCACUUUCUUCUGCUACUGGGCUACGUCCUCAUCUCCUUCCUGCUCCUGGCAUUCCUCAUCUUCAUCGCAAUCACCCUCGUCACUCGGCGACGAAGAGCCAAAGAGUUUCAUCCUCAGGCUUCCAUGAGGUCCAACAGAAGUCGCAGCAGCUCAGAUGAGUUUGAGAUGGACGUCACUGAGGUGAACGUCACUGAGGUGAACGCGUGCAGCUGGGAGGAGAGAGAAUUUGACUACAAGAACAACCUGCUAAAAGAAAAGGCCCACAUGAGUACUCAGCCAAAAGUCAUCGAUCUUGACAAAGAGAUGCAGAAGUUUUCCAAGUGAGGAAAUGAGACAGAAGUGAAAUCUGAGUCACUGGCUGGUCCAGGGAUUGUGCUCCAAACGAAAUGCCAAAUGCCUUCUGUCCACUGGAGAGACACUGCAGUAGGAGAACCAGUGCUGCCAUGAAGAAAAAAAAAAAAAAAAAAAAGCUUUGUUAUGAAAUACUGCAGAACGGGCUGUGCUGCCAUACUGUCAGUGUUAGACUUUGUUUUCAUUAAUAGUACUUGAUGAAAUCAAAGGUCCCACUUGGGGACUACUGAACACGGUGUGAGCCGAGCCUUGACAGCUUUUAGAAGAAGAAACGCAUACUAGGAGUUCACUCAACUUUGGUUCAGUAAAAAUCAAUUAUCUGCUAUUACAGCUUGAAUUGUAGCCUGUUUUUUCUGCGCAACAUCAUCACAGUGUGUUCACAACUAGGGGACAGAAAACAGAAGCUCAUCCCAGCUUGUGAGGCAAAGUCAAGCUCUCCCGUGGCAACAAGGUUAACAGCCACGGAAAAGAUGGAUGGAAAUUGAUCAAUAUUUUAGCGGAUUCACGCUACUUUUCCAAAAGCAGAAUAAAAAUGGCCAAUUCAGGCCAGUGGAAGCACAGACUGGGUUCCAGCGGGUCCCAAGGGCAGCAAUGUCUCCAUGGUGCCGUCUACAUGCUUGAAAAUACAAAACUCUGAACUCAGGUUUAAGGGCUUUUCAGAUAUCUUCUUCAUGGAACUAUAUAAGAUUUGUUUGAAGGCAAAUUUUCUUUUGUAGAAAUACUUACAUAUUCAGUGACAAAUAUAAAUGUAAAUCAUGCCAUGCAAUUUUCUAAUUUGGAAACGAGCUGCUGAUAACACACAAUCAACAUCCAAAACUGAAAUAUUGUCCACUUACAUUUUAUACAUGUUAACUUUGAAAUUCUGAACUAGGAAAUAACACCUGUGGUGGAGUUACUUUUGUAUUGAGUCAACAAGAAUCUACAAACAAUGAAAAUGUAGUUUAUUUCCGUCCCAUGACUGUUAACGUUGUUUCAGCCACCUGGAAGCUCACACGUCCAGGAAUGCUAUCUAUACUUUUGUUGUUGGGUUUUGUUUUUUUCACUUUCUUCCCACUCCAGUAGUCCAUCCUGGCUGGACUGAAGCUCCUCUGAAUUGUUAUGCUUGCCGUGUAAUCCUUCCUGUAGGUUUCGACUAACCAUAUGCUGCCUGGACACCAGAACUAACUUCUUUUUUUCUUUUAAUUUUGACUCUAUUUAUGUGCACAAGUCUUAUAAUUCAAGGUUGGUUGGUUUUUGUUGAAACAACCUUUUAAGUCUUUUAAUGUCUUGUCAAAUUUCUGAAGUUGUGAGAGGAAUUAAUGAAUGUUAAUACAGUACCGGUAAGUCUCGAGUACUGAAGCAAAGUUCUGCAGCGUUGUGCUUUAUGUGUCAUUUGGGUUUCCUGUUAAAUCUUCCUACCCUGGUUCUGUUGUCAUUCUUACGUUAUUAGCUGUAUUUCAAUUGUACAGGGUGUAUUUUUUCAUGUUUUUGCCUCAGUCCAUAUUUUACCCUGGUCAUGAGUGCCCCCUAGUGUGGGAGCAAAUGCUUAGUUUUUAUUUCAUUCUUCAUUCUCAAGACAACAAAACUUUCAACUAAUUGAUAAAUAUAGGAGAGUCCUUAAAAAAGUUACAUCUGUUGCAGUGUUUGCUUCUUUCAUUAAUAUUGCCAUAGUAUUGUUGUUAUUAUUAUUAUUAAUAAUAAUAAUAAUAUUCUGGAUUUAAUAUUACAUAUUUUGGUGCAGCACUGUAUAGCCAAUACAGCUGACUUGUAAAAGUAUUAAGAAUUAAUGUUGUCUUCAUCACUAUUUUGUUGUGUUGCCUAUAAAAUUUAAAUGGAA